UUGGAAUCAGUCGGAGACUUUGAAAACACACUGAACGAAAUGAGCACCUUGAAGGCUCCCGGUGUCUCAGGCUCAAGAAUUAAAAACCUAAAAGACUUCUUUUUGUCCCACGUCGAUGAAGAGGAUAAAUUAGUUAGUAUCUUAAUUAAUGGCUGUAAGAAAACUCCUGUAUCAAACAAGUUGGGUCCAUUGUAUGUGGUUGAUGCAAUUGUUAGAGCUUUGAUUGACGAAAUUGGCAGUAAUGCAAAUGUAGAAAUUAACGGUGACUCUCCAAACGGCACUGCGGCCGCAUCCGUCUAUAAAAUCCAGCAGAACAUCGAGACGUUGCUAGACGAUGCGAUCCCAAACUCGAACGAUGAUGUGAAGGAAAGAAUCAGUAAAUUAAUCGAUAUUUGGGUGAGUUGUUCAACUUUUGAUAAGAAGAUCAUGGAUUCGAUUAAAUCCAAAUACUACAAGUCCUUCACCCCACCGGGCACUCCACCGAAGAAGAAGGUUCUGUUCAAUGACAACGUUACCCUCCUGGGUAACAACAACUCCGCUAAGCUUCCGCAAGGCCCUGCGGCUUCCAAAGACCCAACCUCGGUGUUGCAAGCAUUGGCCAAUUUAGCAAAGAGCACUCCCUCCCCAGGCUCGAACUCCAAUUCCAACACCAAGCUUGCUUCUCCUUCCACAAACCUCCCUGGCUCAUUGUCUCCACCAUCUUCUGGUGCCAACGACUCAAUGAACUCGUCGAAUCCAAAUGCCAUUUUCCAACUGCUUCAGAACAUGAACAAACUGACCAACAACAACAGCAGCGGCAACGGCGGCAACAAUGGCAACAUGGGCGGCAACGCUGCAGAUAUGGCUAACAACCAAAGUAACCUUAUGAACAACAACUUCAGAGACAGAAGUGAAAGAGGCAGCAGGGGCAGCGAUUUCGGCAGAAAGAGAGACAGAUCGCCAGAUCGUAAUGACACUUCCGAUCCUAAGCCAACACACGUCGAAGGUGAGAGAAAUGUUCCAUCGAACCCUCACUACAGGCAAAAGAAGGCAUUCAUUGACAAGAGCAUCCCUCAGGGAUGUAUCAACGUUUACUCCAGAACCAUCUUUAUUGGUGGUGUUCCUCACAGUAUGGAUGAGCAACAGCUUGUCCAGACUUUGAAGCCAUAUGCUGAAGUUCAGAGCGUGAUUUUGAACACAUCGAGAAAGCAUGCGUUUGUGAAAGUCUAUUCCAGAAGCGAAGCAGAGCAGGUCAUCCAUGCCUUUUCCGUUUCCCAUCCUUCUGGUUUGAGAGCCAGAUGGGGAGUUGGUUUUGGACCAAGAGAUUGCUGCAACUACCAAACUGGAGUCUCCACAAUCCCUAUCCAAAGAUUGACCGAUGCCGAUAAGAAAUGGUUGGUCAAUGCAGAAUGGGGAGGAAGCAUCCCGGAGCUAGACUUGCAACCAGGGUUGUUUGUUGAAGAGCCAGAUAUCGAGGUUGGCCAUGGUGUUUCCUCGAAGUCGAUUUCAAGAAAGAUGCCUACCAACUCGUCGCAAAACGGACCUAAGUCCGAC